AUGCCGUACCAUUAUCUCAACACACCAUUACAUUAUUACAUGCUUUACCAUUAUCUCAACACACCAUUACAUGCUGUACCAUUGUCAUACCACACCAUUACAUUAUUACAUGCUUUACCAUUAUCUCAACACACCAUUACAUUAUUACAUGCUGUACCAUUGUCAUACCACACCAUUACAUUAUUACAUGCCACACCAUUAUCUCAUCACACCAUUACAUUAUUACAUGCUGUACCAUUAUCAUACCACACCAUUACAUUAUUACAUGCUGUACCAUUAUCAUACCACACAAUUACAUUAUUAGAUGCCGUACCAUUAUCUCACCACACCAUUACAUUAUUACAUGCUGUACCAUUAUCAUACCACACCAUUACAUCAUUACAUGCCGUACCAUUAUCUCAACACACCAUUACAUCAUUAGAUGCUGUAUCAUUACCUCAACACACCAUUACAUUAUUACAUGCUGUACCAUUAUCUCAACACACCAUUACAUCAUUAGAUGCAGUACCAUUAUCUCAAAACGCUAUAUCAUCAUUAGAUGUUAUACCAUUAUCUCAACACACCAUUACAUUUUAG